AGUUUUGUAUGAAGGCUUCAUAUCUCGCAGAGCUAAGAUGUCCUGUGGUCAUGCUGUGACCCCGACCUCUCUCACAAACUGGUGUCGCAGGUUGUUGGACCAGGGUGAAAGCAGGUUUGUGUGUGGUGGGUCUGGUUGUAGUGCUGAGUGGACUUUUGCAGAGGUUUGUAAAAUGGCUCUUCUGACCCCUGAAGAAAUGGAGUACUUUCAAAAAACCAUGGAAUUCAACGCUGCCAGGCAGACACUUACUACUAAGAUGUGUCCUGGAUGCAGAUCCACUGUGACGAGAGAGAAUGAAUCCGAUUUGAAUGUCCUCUGUGAAGUGUGCACAGCAGUAAAAGGACGGCUGUUUGAAUUCUGCUGGCAGUGUUUGAGGGAGUGGAAGGGUGCACGGCCUCGGAAAGACCGCUGUGGAAAUCGUGGCUGCUGCAACCCGUCACUAGAAACACUAAAGAAAUGCCCAGAUAUCAAAUUCCAUGGGUAUGACGAUGAGUAUGAGUCCGAGUAUGAGGAUGAGGAUGAGUUUUAUUCUGGAGUCCUUGUUUGUCCCUCGGUCCGUGCCUGUCCUACCUGUGGUUUGCUGUUGGAGCACAGCACAGAGGCUUGCCCAUCAGUUGAUUGCCCUCAAUGUAAUGUGACAUUUUGUUUUGUGUGUCUGAAAAACUCUGGCGAAUGUUUGACCAGUUGCAUUGCUGCCCCCAGACAGACCUCUAUACCUGUGUGGAAGAAAUAA